GCUCCCCGAGGGGCUCGGCCGCGGCGCAAUAUGGCGGCGUUGGUUGGGUGCUGAGCGGUUGCGGGGCCGGCGGGGAGCGCGGGGCCGGGCGGCUGCGUGUGGGGAGCGAAGCGGCAGCCGGCGAGUUCGGGCGGAGGAGAGAGGACGAGGAAGGUGGCGGGGCCGUCUGGGGCCCCCGAGCCGCGGCGGCGAUGGCCCAGUGCGUGCAGUCGGUGCAGGAGUUCAUCCAGGACUCGUUCGUGCCCUUGGUGGCCGCGCUGUGCAGCGAGGAGGCGGAGAGGGUCACCCGCAAGAACAACCUGAGCUUCGCCGAGCUGGUGAAGCCCUUCUGCCGACUCACCUCGGAAGUUCACAUGAGAGAUCCUAAUAAUCAGCUUCACAUAAUUAAAAAUUUGAAGAUUGCUGUCAACAACAUUAUUACUUAUCCACCUCAGCCUGGAGCCAUUCGAAGGCUUCUGAAUGACGUUGUGUCUGUCAGUCAGCCUGCUGAAGGACUUGUCGCUAAUGUGAUCACAGCUGGAGAUUAUGACCUUAACAUUAGUGAUCGCUCAAUUAAAGCUAGUGUUCCUUGGUACAGUAAUUGGAAAGAGACACUGAUGGAACUGAACACAUCCACGUUUUAUUCAGCUACUACUCCUUGGUUUGAGUCUUACAGAGAGUGCUUUCUUCAGUCCAUGCCUGCAUCAGAUCAUGAAUUCUUAAACCACUAUGUUGCAUGUAUGCUUGUAGUUUCGUCUAGUGAAUCAGAGCCUGUGGAGCAAUUCCUGAAGCUGUCUCAGGAACAACAUCGAAUUCAGCAUAGCAGUGAAUACUUAUAUCCCAAGUGGUUUAUACCAAACACGCUCAAAUACUAUGUGUUACUGCAUGAUGUAAGCACAGGAGAAGAACAGAGAGCUGACUCCAUUUAUGAAGAGAUGAAGCAGAGAUAUGGAACUCAGGGUUGCUAUUUGCUGAAAAUAAAUUCUCGGGUGUCUCUUAGAGGAACAGAUGAACAGAUACCAGAUCCUUGGAGUCAGUAUCUUCAGAAAAACACUAUCCAGAACCAGGAUUGCUAUGAAGAUGGUCCUUAUACUGUCAUUUCAAACAAGAACACCGAUCACUUGAUAUCAGAUGGCUUAGAUGGUGAAAUUAAAGAUGGCCUGUCAAAUAACUUUAAGACUCACCCCCUUCAACUAGAUCAUCCCAGUGGCAGUUUGGAUAGCACUGAUUAUGUGAAGGCUACUGCAUCAUUGCAAGACUCAAAGAAGUCAAAUUCUGGAACGCCUCAUGGUGCUUGUUUAACACUCACAGAUCACGAUCGAAUCAGACAGUUCAUACAGGAAUUCACAUUUAGGGGACUUUUGCCACAUAUUGAGAAGACAAUUCGGCAACUUAAUGAUCAGUUAAUAUCCAGGAAAGGCUUGAGUCGAUCACUGUUUUCUGCUACAAAAAAAUGGUUUAGUGGCAGUAAGGUUCCAGAGAAAAGUAUAAAUGAACUGAAGAAUACUUCUGGUUUGCUGUAUCCACCAGAAGCACCAGAGCUUCAGAUCCGGAAAAUGGCAGACUUGUGCUUUUUGGUGCAACACUAUGAACUUGCAUAUAGCUGUUACCAUACUGCAAAGAAAGACUUCUUAAAUGAUCAGGCAAUGCUUUAUGCAGCUGGAGCACUGGAAAUGGCAGCAGUAUCGGCUUUUCUUCAGCCUGGAGCUCCUAGACCAUAUCCUGCUCAUUAUAUGGAAACAGCAAUUCAGACUUACCGCGAUAUCUGCAAGAACAUGGUUCUGGCUGAACGCUGUGUGCUGCUUAGUGCUGAAAUCUUAAAAAGUCAAAGCAAAUAUUCAGAGGCGGCUGCUCUUCUGAUUCGUUUAACCAGUGAGGAUUCAGAUCUUCGCAGUGCACUUCUGUUGGAGCAGGCAGCCCAUUGCUUUAUAAACAUGAAAAGUCCCAUGGUUAGAAAAUUUGCAUUUCAUAUGAUACUGGCUGGCCAUAGAUUUAGUAAAGCAGGCCAGAAAAAGCAUGCCUUACGUUGCUACUGUCAAGCCAUGCAGGUUUACAAAGGGAAAGGCUGGUCUCUUGCAGAAGACCAUAUCAACUUCACUAUUGGUCGCCAGUCCUUUACACUUCGUCAGCUUGACAAUGCUGUGUCUGCCUUUAGGCAUAUUUUGAUCAAUGAUAGUAAACAACCUCCAGCUCAGCAAGGAGCUUUUUUAAGAGAAUAUCUUUAUGUUUAUAAGAAUGUAACCCAGCUAUCACCUGAUGGUCCCUUACCACAGCUUCCUUUACCAUACAUUAACAGCUCAGCAACUCGUGUUUUCUUUGGGCAUGAUCGAAGACCAGCAGAAGGUGAAAAGCAAGCAGCCACACAUGUAAGUCUGGAUCAGGAGUAUGACUCUGAAUCAUCACAACAGUGGAAAGAACUUGAGGAGCAGGUUGUUUCUGCAGUAAAUAAAGGAAUAAUACCUUCAAAUUUUCAACCAACACAGUUCUGUUUAAAUCGCUACUCAGAUAACUCCAGAUUUCCACUUGCUGUGAUAGAAGAACCAAUAACUGUGGAAGUAUCAUUCCGAAACCCGCUGAAAGUUCCCCUUCUUUUGACUGACCUUUCAUUGCUGUGGAAGUUUCAACCUAAAGACUUCAGUGCAAAGCAUGAUGGAGAAACUAAAGAACUGGGAACAGAUGAUGAACGUAUGAUAGGAACUGAAGCAAUAGCAGAAUUUUUAAUCAAUAGCGAGGAGACAAAAGUGGCAAGACUAAAGCUCUUUCCCCAUCAAACAGGGGAGCUACAUAUUCUGGGAGUCGUUUAUAAUCUUGGCACUGUUCAGGGUGCUGUGACAUUAGAUGGGAUAGAUCCUUCUAUUGGAUUACAGACAGGAAAAUUUGUCUCCAAUGGGUUAUCUGUACGGGGACGACAAGAUUUAGAAAUCCAAGGGCCUCGACUCAAUAACACAAAAGAGGAAAAAACAUCUAUUAAAUAUGGACCCGAUCGACGUUUAGAUCCCAUUAUUACAGAGGAAAUGCCUUUGUUGGAGGUGUUCUUCAUAAAUUUUCCUACAGGGCUUCUUUGUGGAGAAAUCAGAAAAGCAUAUGUAGAAUUUGUGAACGUAAGCAAGUGUCCUCUUACUGCACUGAAGGUUGUGUCCAAAAAUCCAGAAUUUUUUACUUUUGGUGGAAAUACUGCUGUUCUAACGCCGCUAAGUCCUUCAGCUUCUGAAAACUGUAGUGCAUACAAGACUGUUGUGACAGAUCCUACCUCUGUGCGUACAGCACUACUAUCUUCAGCUUCUUCUGCAGACUUUGGGGUUGGCGCAGGGGGUCAGCCAGAAGUAAUACACGUCCCACUUCCUGAUGCUGUUCUUCUUCCUGGGGCUUCAGUGCAGCUGCCAAUGUGGUUACGGGGACCGGAUGAAGAAGGUGUUCAUGAAAUUAACUUUUUGUUUUACUAUGAAAGUAUUAAAAGGCACUCAAAAAUGUGUCAUAGAGUAUUAAGGCACACUGCAGUUAUUUGUACUAGCCGGUCUCUGCAUAUUCGAGCUACUGUCUGCAGAAGUAAUGCACUUGAUGAAGAAGGCAGAGGGGACACGAUGUUGGUGUUUGUGGAUCUAGAAAAUAUCAAUACCAGUGAGACUGGUGUUAAAGAAUUUCAUAUAGUACAAGUUUCAAGUAAUAGCAAGCACUGGAAGCUUCAAAAGUCUGUCAACAUCUCUGGAGACAAAGAUACUAAACUUGCUAGCAGAGAGAGAGCCAAGUUAUGCUUUAAAGCAGUAAGAUGCAAAAACUCAGAAGAAAAUUACACAUUUGCAGACAUUGUUUUUGGAAAUGAGCAGAUAAUAAGUUCAGCCAGUCCUUGUGCAGACUUUUUCUUUCAAAGCUUAUCCUCUGAGUUUAAAAGAACGCAUAUGCAAUCUCAUACUCGUGCAUCUCAAAGGGCUGUGAAACAAUCAUUUGAUGAGACAGUCAGGUUGAUACAAAGAUGCAGUGAAGUAGACUUGAACAUUGUUGUGCUGUGGAAGGCAUAUGUUGUGGAAGACAAUAAGCAGCUUAUUUUGGAGGGCCAGCAUCAUGUUGCCCUUAAUACAGUUGGGAAGGAGGCUUUUUCAUUUCCUCAGAAGCAGGGUUUUAAAAAAAUACUCGGGAAUUCUGAUUGGGAGGACUUGGAACAGGAAUUACCAGAAAUGGUUCUUUUGAAGUUUUUUCGAUCAGAAAAUGCACCAGUACCUGCAAGACCAAUGCCAGAGCAGCUUUCUAAUCUUAUCAAAACAAGUCUUCAUUAUCCAGAGUCUUUCAAUCAUUCUUUUCAUGAAAAAAGCCUCUGUCUGGUACCUGUCACUCUCCUACUUUCCAAUUGCUCCCAGGCUGUUGUUGAUGUGAUGAUUGACUUGCGACAUAAACCAACAAGCUCAGAAGCAUUAGAAAUCCAUGGAUCUUUUACAUGGCUGGGGCAAACACAGUACAAGCUUCAACUUAAAAGCCAGGAGGUCUAUAGCUUGCAGCUGAAAGCUUGCUUCGUUCAUACAGGCGUCUAUAAUCUUGGAACACCCAGAGUAUUUGCCAAGCUUGCGGACCAAGUUACUUUGUUUGAAACGAGUCAGCAGAACUCCAUGCCUGCACUAAUUAUUAUCAAUAAUAUCUGACCACUUCCUGAAUAAACCACACUAAAAGACAAAAUAAAUGGGAUUCUUUUCUUAUAUUGCUGGUUGAGAUUUUGCUGCAGUUUUUGGAUAUAGCACCUCAAACAUCUAACUUGUUACUAAAGAUUGUGUAGGAAAGAAAAUAGCAAAAUAUUCAGGCUACUUGUCAAUUUGUUUCUCAAUGCAACACCUUGGACUGAAAAUGCGUUUAUCCUUUUAUAAUGUCUUUCUUCUCUGGUAAUUACAAUAUUCAUAACAUGAAAUACUCCUUAACUCCAAAUCUGAACAUAGUUGUACAUCCUAUGCCCUGUCAAAAAUGCAGCUUGACUGCUGUUACAACUUCCAGCAUGGUGUGUUUAAUGUUUGUGGCCAUUUUAGCAUAUGGUUCAGGAAGAAACUGUCAUUGGCUUUUCCCUGUCUGAAGCCAUUAGUCAUGAUAUAUCCCAGCCUUACUGAGAAGUUCAAUAAGAUGUCUCAAAUCCACUUCUGUUUCUCAGUUCUUUAAUUUAAAAUUUUGUUACGAGUUUUCAUGCUUAUGGAAACUGAUCACCUUUCAAGGUUUACAUAAAGUCCCACCUAGGGUGUUUAAAAAAUAAUUCCGUCAACCAGUUUGAGUAUUUUCUCAUUCAUCUCAACACAGAAUGCACUAUUUCACAACUAUGAGAUUGUCAUUUAAAUUGUCACUUGCUUUAUUAUGUAACUAUAAUGAUUGAUCUGUUUAAAAAAAAUCUACUUAAGAUUUUCAAGAAGUGUAUUAUAUUUAUAACAAAUGUACUGUAAAUAGAAUAAAACAUACACCAUAUUCACUGUAUGGACUUGUGGCCCAUUUUUCUUCCUUUUCAUACAGCUAUUGCAACCUACAGGUGCCAAUACUCUGUGUGUAUUCUGCACUGUCUUUAUUCUGGCUCUCAUUGCUCAGAUGAAGUCCUGGUCCUGUUGCCACAUGUAGUGUUGGUAUACACUGAGACUGGUAGUGGCUGCUGUAUUUGCCUUUUGAGUUUAUAUCUGGUGUUCUCAGGUACAGCCCCCAGAGUGCAGCUGUCUGGGACAUCUCAAUUACUUGCUAGACACUAGGGAUUUUAAAUUUAAGUAAAAGCUGCUGAACACAGGGAAGGUUGUGCAAAGCUAUCAAGUGCAACAAAAUAAGCUAAGAGGUAGGAGUUAUGGUUUAAUGAGUUAGCUGAGAACAAGACAACUGAGCACCUAAAGAAGCCUAAGACUUAAGUCAGUCUGCUGUAUAUUGUGACAGAAGGUAAUGUCUUCAUAGGACAACACUGACUUAUGAGGCAGUACAUCUGCCUUCAGGUGCAUAUUUUUCUUUGUAGAUAAGGUUUCCAAUUGUACUUGUAUGCACUACAACUGUAUGACUGCCUCCAGGACUUAAAACUUCCCGAGAAGUCUUAGAACCCUUUCCCACCUUAUGACCUUUAGUAGUCAUACUUAAUUUCACUGUGGAUCAUGUUGGUUUAUCAACAGAGUACUUAUCUAACUAAAUAUAUUGUUUCUGGAGGCGUGGGGAUUUUUUCCUGCUCUUAGGCAGAUGAGAAUACUACUCUUUCUAAAUGGUUCUGGGCAUUGUAACUUUAUAUCAUCAGUCUUAUUUCCAUUUUGGCAGUCUUAGGGAAAGAGAAGUCAUUAUUGAUGCCAUUCAACUAUCCAGCUGUAGACAACGAUGUUCUAAGUCACGGUUGGUGCGUUUUUAAGACUUCUUCAAAUACUCAAGUAUACGAGUCACAUUCUGAUAGAGGAUGUUUCCACAGGAGUUUUGUGAGAUACGGGUCAGAAGUUUAGCUGCUUUUUUCAGCCUAUCCGAAGAAACCGUGAAGGCAUUUAAUGUUUUCUCCUGUGAUUUGGAAUUUGUACACUUUAAAGAGUAGGCUGGAAUAACAGUACAGAGACUUUCCAGGAUGGGCUAUCCCGAUGACUGGUGUAUUGCUUGUCGAUGAUCCUAGCUUUUGGAUUUAAGUGAACCAGCACUUGUCACUUCUGUUAGUGUUAAUCUACAUAAAAAAACUGUGGUAAGAGAUAUUAUGUAGCUUGGCUUGAAGGAAAUAACUAUGGUUAUGAAGGGCUGACCCUUCAUGUUUCUGAGAAUAUUUAUAGAAUUAUGGCAAGCUAAUGAUAUGGAAAGAAGCAAAAAGAGGUGGAGUAGUGUUUUGUUCAGCAUGGGUAAAAUUAGCAGCCUUUUCAAUACAGUUUUGAUAUGCUUUUCUAUGUUUUUGUAUCUUGACACAAAAUUUUUUGUACAUAUACCAAGUAUUCCCGAAGAGUUCUUAUAAAUGCAAAGCUCAGCAGGAUAGGCUUUCAAACUUGUAAAUAAGCCAGACUUUGGUUUUGCUGAAGACAAUCUCAUGUAGCUAAAAAAAUUCUACUCUAAACAAGCCAAACUUCUGCUUUCUCUUCAUGCUUAAAUAAAAUAUCCCCUUUAUUCUCUUUCCUUAUGUGAUGAUUAAAUAUACUGAAGUUUUUAACUCGUCAUAUUCUGAGGCAGUUUACUAAAAAGCAGUAUUUGUGAUUCUGAUUUCUGGAGAGCUUGUCAUAUUGUUACAGUAGACUACUGUCAGGCCGUGUCCAAGGAAUGACUCUAUUUUGUAACCAUUAAAAUGCU